AUCACGCUCCGUACACUUGCUUCGAAUUAUAACACGACGUAUAUUUUCUCAUUGCCUCGCUUCUUCAGCUGACCUUGGCCAAACUUGUUCCGUGUUCCUUUAGCACCUCGCGCCGUCGAAUAAACGCCAGGGUCUUUGUUCGUGAAAUCCUGCCAUAUCUCCCCCUCCAACAAGCCUUCCAGCGAACCAGCAAAGCAUGUCAGAUGCCAAGACUCUACAUCGGGUUAUACGACGGCUGGCUGGUUGGUCCGUAUGGUCGUUCUUCACGGAAGUACGCGUGGUCGGCGCUGAAAACGUGCCAAAGGAUGGUCCAAUCAUCGUCACGGCGACACAUCACAAUAUGAUCUUGGACCCGGCUAUUCUUUCGUCAUGCUUCCCUCAUGGGCGUAUACUGAAUUAUUGGUCCAAAGCGUCCUUGUUCAAUAACCGCGUUCUUGCCUACAUACUCUACUCCUCUGGGAAUAUCCCUGUGGAUCGCAAGUCCAAGGAUAGGCAAGUUUUGUUCCGAGGGACAUUUGAUGCGCUGGCCCGUGGUGAAGCUGUUGCCCUUUUCCCCGAGGGAACGUCCUACACGGAGCCUCGAAUAAUGCAAGUGAAGGAUGGUGCAGCCUGGGCUGCCCUCGAGUAUACGAAGUGGGCGGACGAAUAUGGCCUCAAGGGGCCGGAGGUUAAGAUCAUCCCUGCCGCCAUCGUGUACACGAACAAAUCCAAGUACAGAAGUGAUGUGAUCAUGGAGUUUGGUCAACCCAUCUCCGUGGGCGAGUACAAGGAACGAUUCUUAGAUUUCGAAGGCAGUCCACGCUCAGCAGUCAAGCGCUUGACGCGGGCCAUCGAGCGACAACUUGUAGAAACGACCAUUAACGCUCCUGACUGGGAAACACUGUACAUCGCUGGGAUGGCAAGGGAUUUACUUUGGGAAAAGGAACGAUCCAUUGAUCUCAACGACUUCGUGACCGUCUCUCAGACCCUUGUGGACCUUUUUUCUACCAAGGAUGCCACAUCAAAUUACAAUUCCGUGCGUCGCCAUCUCCUGGAGUAUUAUUCUCUUCUCCAAUCGACGCACCUCACGAAUUCUGUCCUGGCUUCCCUCCGUCUCCCUGCCACUCUUUCCCCGACACACCCGACACCACUUCCAUCACGACUCUUUACUCUCUCAAUUCUCAUGCGUGACACCCUUGCUGCACUAAUACGGCUUCCAACUUUCUUCCUUCCACUUCUCCUUCAUUUUCCCGUGUACAUCAUAGGUCGACGAGCUGCUCGUUUAACUGAACACGAGGAGGAAACCCAAGCUCAAAACAAAGUUGUCGUUUCAUUGUUAUUGCUAUUGUUGAUUUACCCUGCGACUUUCUGGAUACUUUGGGCUGUGCUGAGUUACUCGAGUACCGGUGCUCUGGUGGCCGCAUUGACUGUAUGGGCGUUCGCCUACUAUCACACGAGGCUUGUCAAUGACAACUACAUGCAUUUGAAACGAGUUAUAGCCGCAUGGCAGGUUCUCGUGGGUGUCUGGGCCCCGAAGCGCUGGGAUUUGCCACUGGCAGCGCUUGCACAAUACAAGACGCCCCACAUCCCAGCUGAAAGUCCUUGGAUAGAGAGGAAAAAUUUAUCGUCGCCUUCUCUUCCUGCUCAGGCGACUGAACCUUCCGUCAGUUUUAGACGGAAGCGGCCUGCGUCACGAAGAAUCAUGCGUCACGUCCUCUACGCGCGAGGCGAGGCUGUGCGUGCAAUUGCAAGUUUUUUUGCGCAACUUGAAACGGGAGGAGAUGAAAAGAGGGUGGUUGCAAGCUUGCAUCUCGCCAGACGAUUUGGAUCGGUUGAGGAAGUCGAGGCCGCGAGUGAAGGCGGUGACAGUCCGGGAGACGAGAAGACCGAAACCAAGGGGUACAGACGUAUAGGGGAAGUCACCGCGUUCCUGAAGUCUAAGGGGGCGAAGAUUCCUGUGUUAGAGCGAGAGGAAAUUGAAGGACGGUGGGAUGCCGCGCUUAGCAGUGAAGAAGGCACGCCAACCCCGAGUGAUAAUGGUGAGGGCGGUGAGGAUCUGGUUUGGGUGCCAAGCAGCGUCGAGGUGGAGUAGACGAUUGUAGGAUUCACGGUGAUGCGUGCUAGAGGUGGGGUACUACUGAACACUUGUGCCCAUUGUGCCAUUCAUGUCCUUCGUGCAUAUCAGGGCAAUGGCCGAGCUGUUGAAAGUUGGUUGCAGAUUGACUUCAUCUAGCCAUAUUUAACGACAGUGUUAUAGAGUCGUUGGAGCGAAGCAGUA